UUUCUGGACAUACGUGUGUCUCUGCGUCCUGGCCUGGCGUCCAGCGUGGCCCUGGUAAUGCUGAGACGGACGGUGAGCGUCUGCGUUUAUUUUUGGGUUAGUGACAGCGCGUCCAUGGCCGCAGAUGCGUCGGACAGGAAGGCUCUUAGAUACAAGCAGACCCUGCUCUAUGGGGAGUACCAGGAGCACCAGGGCGGCUCCAGGAGACGAGAGGCCACACGGCUGUUGACGGAGAGGCAGAUCAAGAAACAUGGCACCCAUGGCAGACAGCGUCAUGCCCACGCCCACCACACUCACGGUCAGAAUGGAUGUCAGAGUCGCCACGGGCAACAGCCGGGCCACUACGGCAGAUACAGAACCCGGCGCCAGUCCAACAUGGAGGCGGAGCCGGCCAAAGAGCAGCUGGCCGAACCCGAGCUCACGUCAUCUAUGAGGAAGAAGCGCUCGUUGUCCAGGUGCAGAGAGUGUGUGGCCCGGGUGCAGAGGUUCCUGGUGACCCGGCUGGGAGAGGACUGGAUCUUCCUGGUUCUGCUGGGCAUCACCAUGGCCCUGGUCAGCUGGACCAUGGACUACGCCAGUGCAAAGAGCCUGCAGGCCUAUAAAUGGAUCUAUGUGGAGCUCAGGGGGAAUGUCCUCCUCCAGUACGUGGCCUGGGUCUCCUAUCCUCUCCUCUUCAUCCUCUUCUCCUCCCUCUUCUGUCACCUGGUUGCUCCUCAGUCCAUUGGGUCUGGCAUUCCGGAGUUGAAGACCAUCCUCAGAGGUGUGGUGUUGAAGGAAUAUUUAACACUCAAGGCGUUUGUGGCUAAAGUCAUCGGCCUGACGGCGGCUCUGGGCAGUGGGAUGCCUGUGGGGAAGGAGGGCCCGUUCGUCCACAUUGCCAGUAUCUGUGCGGCCGUCCUCAGCAGGUUCAUGUCCUUCUUUUCAGGCGUUUACCAGAACCCCUACUGUUACACUGACAUCCUGACAGUGGGCUGUGCUGUGGGCGUGGGCUGCUGCUUUGGGACUCCACUCGGAGGUGUCCUCUUCAGCAUCGAGGUCACGUCCACCUACUUUGCGGUCAGAAACUACUGGAGGGGAUACUUUGCAGCUACAUUCAGUGCCUUCAUAUUCAGAGUGUUAUCAGUGUUCAAUAAAGACGCAGUCACCAUCACUGCUCUGUUCAGGACCAAGUUUCGUAUGGAUUUCCCCUUUGACCUCCAGGAGCUGCCAGCCUUCGCCAUCAUCGGAAUCUUCUGUGGGUUCCUGGGGGCGUUCUUCGUUUAUCUCAACAGAAACAUCGUCCUGUUCAUGAGACGACAAAACUGGAUGACCAGGUUCCUGACAAAACAGUGAGUUCUCCUUCUUC